AAUGCAUUCAAGGUAUAAAAAGAUUUCUGCAAUGCACUGAAAGUAUUAGUCCUAAAAAUGAAAGUAUUGUGGUGCUUAGCUCUUGGCUGUUUAGCGGUUUCCGCCUCUGUUUUCGAUGAGGAUGAAACUCGCAUACAUGGCGAAAAUGGCUGGUAUGUGCCCCAAGAAGAUGGCACUUUUCAAUGGGUAGACAGGCAAGUUGCCGAGUCCUAUCUCGAAGCCAUGGAAAAUAUCAAUGAUUUUGGUUUGACCACCAAUCCGGUUAAAUACUAUUUGUAUACCAAAACGAAUCCCACUAAGGGUCAAAGGAUUACAGCCAAUGAAAAAUCCAUAAAAGAAUCAAACUUUAAUCCUGCCCAUCCCACCAGAUUUGUAAUACACGGCUGGAACCAAAGCCGCCUGUCAGGAAUGAAUAAGAAUAUAUGCAAUGCCUGGUUGAGUGUGGGUUUCUACAACAUUAUUGUCGUCGACUGGGCUCGAGCUCGUUCUGUUGAAUAUGUCACCUCUGUUUUGGCUGUUCCCAAGGUUGGUGCAAAGGUGGCCGGUAUGAUUGAUUACUUGGUGGAAAACCACGGCAUGUCUUUGGAUAACUUGUAUGUGAUUGGUCACAGUUUGGGUGCUCAUGUUGCUGGUUAUGCUGGCAAGAAUGUUAAAACUGGUGAUAUUCACGCCAUUGUUGGUUUGGAUCCUGCAUUGCCAUUGUUCAGCUAUGAUAAGCCUGAGGAACGUCUAUGCAGUACCGAUGCUUUCUAUGUGGAAUCCAUUCAAACCGAUGGAGGUGGUUUGGGUUUUUUGAAACCCAUUGGCAAGGGUGCAUUCUAUCCCAAUGGUGGCAAGUCUCAACCUGGUUGUCCUUUGGAUAUUACUGGUGCCUGUGCUCAUGCUCGUUCUGUUAAAUACUAUGCUGAAGCUGUUGCUGAGGAUAAUUUUGCCACCAUGAAGUGUGACAAUUACCAGGAUGCUGUGGCCAAAGAUUGUGGUACCAAAUUUAGCUCUGUACGCAUGGGUGCUGAUAAAAAUGCCUUCAUGGUUGCUGGUGACUUCUAUGUACCAGUGAACAGGAAGGCUCCUUUUGGUCAGCAGGUUAGAAGUUUUGUUAAUAUAAAUUUAAAAUGUUUUUUAUAUAAUUUGCUUUAUUUAUUAUGUAUUCUAGCUUCUGCUGCUGUUAUACCUGAAGACGAACGUAUUAAUGGUGAAAAUGGCUGGUUUGUGCCACGUAUUGAUGGCUCUUUUGAUUGGGUAGACAUGGACGAGGCUGAAUCUUAUUUGGAGGCUACACAAAUGAUGGAAGGACGUUUAACUACCAACCCAGUUACCUUCUACUUGUACACCAAAUCCAACCCUAAUGAACAUCAUGAAAUCAAGGCCUCUAGAAAAUCCAUAGAAGCUUCUCCCUUCAAUGCCAAACAUCCCACCAGAAUUACCAUUCAUGGCUGGACUAACAGCAAGGAUGAUUAUGUUAAUACGGGUGUACGCAAAGCUUGGUUGUCCCACGGUGAUUACAAUAUGAUUGUUGUUGACUGGGGCCGAGCUCGCUCUGUGGACUAUGCCUCCUCUGUUUUGGCUGUGCCUGGUGUGGGUAAAAAGGUAGCUGAAAUGGUUGACUACCUGGUCAAGGAAUUCCACUUGAAAUUAGACACUCUAGAGAUUAUUGGCCACAGUUUGGGUGCCCAAGUUGCCGGCUACACUGGUAAGAACAUGAAAUCGGGCAAGGCACAUACAAUUGUUGGUUUAGAUCCUGCUCUACCCCUGUUCAACUACAACAAACCCGAAAAACGUUUGUCCAGCACUGAUGCCCACUAUGUUGAAUCGAUUCAAACUAAUGGUGGUAAAUUGGGUUUCUUGAAACCGAUUGGUAAGGGUGCUUUCUAUCCCAAUGGUGGUAAGAAGCAACCUGGUUGUGGUGCUGAUCUCACCGGUUCCUGUUCCCAUGGCCGUGCUGUCAUUUACUAUGUAGAAGCUGUGGAGAGAGACAAUUUUGCCUCAAUUAAAUGUGGCAACUAUGAACAAGCUGUUGCUAAGAAAUGUGGCUCCACUUAUAGUUCGGCACGCAUGGGUGCUGUUACCAAUGCCUAUAUGGUUGAUGGUGAUUUUUAUGUACCAGUACGUAGCGAAGCUCCUUUUGGUAUUGUAAAUUAG